AUGGAGGAGGAUACAGCGGGGGGCGGAGAGGCGGGGAGGAGGCAGCCGCCGGCGGCGGCGGGCGGAGGAGGAGCGGGCGAGCCGAGGGAUGACAGGGGGAGUGGAGCGGGAGGAGGCGAGGGCAUGUGGGACCAGCUGCUGGACGGGCUCCGCAGCCGGGAUCCGAGAGGCGGCGGCAGCCCCUGCCCCAGUCCGGCCGAGAUGGCGCUGCACAAGCAGGAGCAGGCGGUGUCCGAGGCGAAGGGGCCCAAGGCGGCGGAGGAGGAUGGCGAGGCAGCCGGGGCCGGGGGGUUGCAGGGGGCCGGGCCGGGCUUCCAGCCUCCCGAAGGCGGCUUCGGCUGGAUCGUGGUCUUCGCCGCCACCUGGUGCAACGGGUCCAUCUUCGGCAUCCAGAACUCCUUCGGGAUCCUCUACGUGAUGCUGCAGGGCGACCUGGGCGGCGGCGAGAAGGACCCCACGCUGGAGUUCAAAACAGCACUGAUGUCCCCUUCCCACUGCUUGAUGCUAUGCCCUUUGCAACCAGCACUGGUUGGAGCUUUGGCCAUGGGGAUGAUUUUCUUCUGCUCGCCUCUUGUGAGUAUCUUCACCGACCGGAUUGGCUGCAGGACGACAGCAGCCUCGGGGGCAGCCAUCGCUUUUAUUGGACUCCUUUCCAGCUCUUUUACAAAGUCCCUUGAAGUCCGCUAUUUCACCUAUGGAAUCCUCUUUGGAUGCGGCAGUUCCUUUGCUUUCCAGCCCUCCCUGGUCAUCCUCGGCCACUACUUCAAACGCCGUCUAGGCUUGGCAAAUGGCAUCGUGGCCGGAGGGAGCUGCCUCUUCUCAAUGUCCCUUCCCUUCUUUUUGAAAACAAUCGGGAGCACCAUCGGGCUAGCUCACACUUUCCAAGUCCUCAGCGCCUUUAUGUUCAUCCAGAUUCUCUUGUCUCUGACUUUCCGGCCCAUCUUGCCACCAUCUUGUGACUCUUACCAUGAUAGACAAGAUAAACUGGCCAGCCGGAACAUGAAACAGCAGUGCGGGUCUCAGAUGCGGAAGUAUUUCAACAUGAGGGUUUUCCGGAGACAGACGUACCGAAUUUGGGCUUUUGGGAUUGCGACAGCUGUCCUGGGAUACUUUGUACCUUACGUGCAUCUGAUAAAGUAUGUGGAGGAGGAGUUUAAGGAAAACAAAAAAGAAUGGAUUCUCUUGGUUUGCCUUGGAGCCACGUCAGGGCUUGGGCGCUUGGUUUCUGGCCGGAUUGGUGACUGUAUUCCUGGACUGAAAAAGAUUUUCUUGCAGGUUGCCUCUUUCAUGCUUCUGGGCCUCAUGUGCAUGAUGAUCCCUCAGUGCCAAGCAUUUGAGGGGGUCAUUGUCGUCUGCCUCUUUCUGGGACUUUGUGAUGGAUUCUUUAUAACCAUCAUGGCCCCCAUAGCCUUUGAACUGGUUGGACCCAUGCAAGCUUCUCAAGCCAUUGGCUAUCUCCUGGGACUUAUGGCCAUUCCAAUGACAGCUGGCCCACCAAUAGCAGGAUACCUCCAUGAUUAUUUUGGGAAUUACUACUUAGCCUUUUACUUAGCUGGAGUUCCCCCAAUUAUUGGGGGCUUGGUCCUAUCUGUUGUUCCUCUGAUCCAUCAAAGAAUGCUCAAGAAACAGCAGAUGGAUUCUGGCAAAGACAAGAUGUUGGUUUCAGAGACUGUCAUGAACGGUGAGCUUCUUCCAGGCUGUCCUGCCACUGAGGCACAUGGAUAAAGCCUUUCCUCAUGCAGCCAUCCACACCCAGACACACACAUACACGCGUUAUCACCACCAGCAUCUUCUCGCUUGACUGAGCACAGGCCCUUUUCUAAAAGGAGCAGGACCCUCCCAGAUUGCAGAUGAGCGGCACCAAAUACAUAAAGAAAAGAGUUCUCCUCGUUCAAGCAUUAGCUAGCGGAGCCAUUUUUCAGGAUGUUUUGAUUUGAAAGUUGUGUCUUUCACCAGCACUUUUCUAAAGAGAAUUCUCACUAGAGCUCUAACUCCAUUUCCCCUCUUCCCCCCCCCCCCCAAUUUUCUGUUUGUCACAGCAAUGGUUUAUAGUUAAUUAAACGCCUUUAAAAAAGGCUGUAUAUGGAACUUGUUAACCCUUUUGAUUUUAGUUUCAGAUCUAUCCCAUCACACAGCAGUGUCAGUGCUGCUUAGAUGAUGCCUUGGAGUGGGAUUCCAUUCCAUGCCACCUCAGUUUAAUCUGCAGUUAACAAAUUCUGACUGUUUUUUGAUCCCAUGUGAAGGCAAAAGAAUUCCAGUGGGGGUAAUCUUUGUAUCUUUUGUGAGAGUGCUCUGUCUCUCCCUGUCCUUCAAAGAAUCUAUCUUUGAAGCUGUCAGCAUGCUUUUAUGGACCAUCAGUGAACCUCGGUAGUAUGGUCUGUCAGCAGACUCAAAUUCCUGCCAUUCGCCCCUUGAUGUCCCAUAUUAAUGUACACCAAGAAGGGAACAGCCGCUUACUAUCUAAUCUUAUCCCAAAUUGGCUGUAGACAGUGAAGGUAAGUUAACACAUUGGCUACUUCAGAUGUGAGUUUCACUGGUCUCAACACUCCUGUCUUUCCAUCUGUUCUUGGAGUAUGCUGCAUUGCAGUGGAAGAAUGCUUAUGACCACUUGCUGUGACUCACAGUGUGUUACUGGUCCCCACUAAAGGUUUAGGGCUUUGGGUCACUGCACAAAAAAGAGAGGGGGCUGACAAAACAGAAGGGAAGAAAAGGAAGUAAAAAAAGCAUGAUUGGCUUUGUGCAGCUACUAUGGAUGGCCAGUUCCAUCCAUUCAAAUUUACUGCUCUGAAAGCCAGGAAUCUGUACCAUUUCCCAGUGGCUCAGUCAUUCGUCUCCAUUUUCUUGACCAGUAACUAAAUUAGUAGGCUUCCAAGCCAUCCGUUGCAAGGGGAAUUAACAGUGGCUAACUUAGGAUGCUGUAAUCAUUAAAAUACUAAAUUUGCAAGGCAACGAAAUUACUAGCAUUGAAUCCUCCAAGAGGAACAGUUAGUUGGAGCUGAGUCCUCAUGUUGACACAAGUCAGCAUUGGCCUGAGCCAUUCCAGUUGGUUAACUCCUCAUUUAGUAUUAUUUUUGUAACUACGUUGCAGUGUGUGGGUUAGUUUUCACUCAGAAUUCUGAAUCCCCUAACGGACCUGUAGGGCUGUCAAAAUGUGUGCUGUGUGAGCAGAGGGGUAAUGCACAGCCGUGCAGAUGAACUCACAUGUGCCUGUUCUGUGUUACUCAACAAUAAUCAACGUGUCAGUGUUACAGGAGCUGUGGGAAAAGACCAAACGUUUUUUAAAAACAAAAAUUGGUCUGCUGCAGUAUUUAACUCUGUGCCCAUGCAGGAGCCCUGCAGUGGGCCAGAGUGAGAGGUCGGUUUGGGAGGGGCGGGGAUUGUGCAGAGGCCGACAGAUGAGCUGACUGGGUGUCCUUCUAAGUGAUUUGCAUUGUCAGAGAGGAGCGUUUUCUCUUAGUGCCACUGAUGCAAUAUGUGGCUUUUAAUCUCUGACUGUGCAUUUGUGUGCUGUGAACGGCUCUGUGCUUGAUGUAGGAAGAGUAGUGUCAGCUAUCCAGCGGGAUCGUUGCAAAUCAAAAUCGCCCGAAAGGCCUUGGUGCUCUCUGCCCUCCUAUGAGCUAGCAGAGAGAAAGCCAGUUCUGUAGAACUUGCUAACUCUGGGGUUGCACUGCAUCUAGUUCAUAGAAUCAAAGACUUCAGUACAUCUUGAUCUUGGAGAGAACGCGCAAUAAAAAUAAAUUCAGCAGAAGCAAAUUCACAGCAUGGAAUGAAGGCAAAACUCAGCACUGCACAGAAGCUAGUUAUCACCAGGGCAGGGGUGGCAAAUACAAUAUAGGGCUGAAGAGAAAGGGAGCUUCCCUAACUCCACGGUUAUGAAACCAGUAAGCUGCUUGUUAACCAAGAGAAAUGAGGUUCCCUGCGGAUCUACCUCCAGUGGGAGCCCUGAAUAUCUGAUAGGAAAUCUGAGUCACAGAUGGUUUUUCGAGGUUUCUAUAUUGUAGGUAAGUCAGUGGCGGGGGUGGGGAUAUUGUUGGCCAAAAAUGGAGAAAUUGUGUUCUACAUGUGAAGUGAUCAUACAUCUACAAACAUUUUUUUACAAGCCAUGAACUUUAAAAAAAAAAAUUGCUACCAUUAAAAAUGUUAGAGUAAAAAUGUAACAGAUGGACAUACUAUGGUAGCCUUUCUUUGUUCUCAUUGUGAGUGAAGAAGUCUGUAAGCUUAAAGACAAAACACUGAGCCAUAGACUUAUCCCCAGUCCAUGCCUACAAGUCCUGUUGACGUUUGCAUUGGUGGGAGUUUGGCAUAUGGAUUGAGGGCUCAGUAUGCCCCUUUUGCUUUUACCAGCAUUGCCUGUAUAAGCUAAGGUCUUGUGUUCUGAUCUUUUGUAAAUUUCAGGCCCUGUAAUAUCUGGAGAACUAAAUGGUAUUUUGUAGCAUAACUUAACUUAACCCAAACAAGAUGUGUCUUUUUUUCCCCUGUCCUCAAAGGAUAUGCAUGCUUUUCUGUGACCUUAUUUACUGUCGUUCAAUUGACACAGUCUAACAUAUUAAGCAAAUUUGCUAAACCGGUUUCUUAUUUUGUGGCAUCUAUGCCAGGAAGCAGGCGACCCAGCAAGAUUGGGCACAUAUCAGAGCCUGGGGAGACUGCGUCACCUGGAUAGAUGCUUGUUGAACAGGCUUGUACUUCAUAUCAGUGCCUUGAUAUGGGCCAGACUGUGAUGCCUUUGUUCUACUAAUAGUCCCAUCGACUUAAGUGGGAUUUCACACUGGGAAUUUCUUUAUUACAUUGAAGUCAGAGGGACCAUUGGCAGAGUAAGAGCAUCACAGUCUGACCAUAAAUCUCAGUAUUUAGGAGAAGAGGUGAAGAUGACUUUGCAUUUCAAAUCCCUUCAUGUCCUGCGGGGGGGAGGAGGAAGUGUGUGUGUGUGUGUAUGUAUGUAUGUAUGUAUGUGUGCAUGCCCUGUGGGGGGGUGUUAUGGGUGUGUGUGCGCGCGCAUGCGCGUGAUGUCUGCAUUAGCUGAGGGUUUUUUUAGCUUAUUCUCAAUUUUGAGGCUUUGCUAUGGAGAGGUAGAAGGGGGGUUAAUGUAAAAAAGAGGGUAUAACUGACUUGUAAUAGUACAAGCAGUGCUAUCUCACCACCAGCUCUGAAACAAUAAACAGAUGCAUGUCAGGGUUCAUAUCAAACAACAGGGCACUCUGUGUUGUCUACAGAUUAAUUCUAAAUAGUAAUACUUUUCUAACUCCUAGGAGACCAAUUACAGAUAAGUCCAGAAUUGUCUCAGAGUUGCAUGCCCCAAUACUCUCCUUACCUGUGAAGAUCUCCCAUUGAGCAAUAAUCUACUUUCUGAAAACUCUCAAAGCACGUGGGUUCUUAUGUGCUAGAAUGUAACAGCACUAUGAAAUUAUGAUCCACUUCUUUAAGAAGAUUUUAGCUUUCUGUAUCAUCAUUUUAGCUUUCUGUAUCAAAGCUAGCAUUCUCUGCAGGGUAGAUGGGGAGUGCCAUAGUAAAGAUAAACAAACUUAGUUUAUCUAGAUUUGGGAGGAAAGGGUGGGGGCUAGCAAACAGUAGUCUAACCUCAACUGCUUUUCUGCUUGUAGGCGUACCCUUAAUCAACAAUUAAGGGACCACAUUCUUCUACAGGAGAGAGGUUUGUUUGAAGAAUUAGGGCAAAAUUCUCCUCUCUCAUGAUCCAUACAUUGAAGUUAGACUCUGAUAUUUGGUGCUCUGAACAAAAACAGAUGAGGGUAAGGAAAGCCAAACAUUGGAGCAGCCUUGUGCCAGAUAGAUGCAGGAAGAGAAUUUUGCCUUUAACUGUAAAAUAAGCUCCUCGCUUAUAGUUCAGUAAAUUGCUUACUGAAUUCAAUAAGGAAUGUCAGGCAGCCUCUAUAAAUUAUUGCACACUAUUGGUAUGCAGUAGAGAUGAGGUUGAGCAUCUGAGUGUUGUUAACCUUGUAGCAAUUGCGCUAAAUUCCCAGAAAUUCCCUGCCCUUGCUUUGUGCCCAUUGGAGUCCACUGUUGCAAAGCCAAACUAUGACUGCAAGCAGCUUCUCCAGUGUAGCCAAAAUGAAGUGAGAUGCAUGGGCUGCUCUUCCCAGUGUAUUGUCUGGGGAGCUAAUAUGUUUAUGGUUCCUGCUAAGGACUAGGUUCUGAAAUUCCUACUGGGACAGAAUUCUUGUUUGAAGUCAAACUUGCCAGAGUAAAAACUAUAGGAUCAUCCCCUGGAGUGCAGCAUUACUUGAUCCUCUCGUUCAGGGUGAAGUCGUACUCCAGCUGACAGCGAAGACCUGAUCCUUGCCUGCCCGUUGCUCUGCAAAGUGUGGCAGCCCUGUUUGGGUUUUUUUUCUCAUCAGUAGAUACUUUUAUUAAAUUAUCAUCUUUCUGAAUCAAAUCAAGUCUAGGAAUCAUGUCAUGUCGGUGUGACAGCAGAGGCCGUCACCAUGACAGCUUGAAAUGUCUGUUUCCUUUUCUGUUUUGUUUGGGGUGAGGAGUUUGCUAGUUGAAGCCUCUCUAGCACCUAAGCAGUAUUGACCCUGGAGUAUUAAGUGAUAGUGCACAGGCUGCAGUUAAUGAAAUUAUCUUCUCUUUCAGCGAUAAGACCACGGGAAAAUCAAGCAGGGAGGGGUAGGCUGAACUGUGUGUCACAAUAGAGUUAGCAGCAGAUACAGAGAGCUGAAGACAAAUGCAUAAUCCUGUAUUACAAUAUAUCAGAAUAGGACCUGUUGUAUGGACACACCAGUUAAGGAUAUAUUGGAGUUUCCAUUCUAAACCCUUACCUGCAAGAUGCUCAGUGGUUGCUGCUAAAACUUGGUAUAUGAGAUUUAACUCCUGCCACUCUGGGAGAAUACCGAACACGCUAGCAGGGAUCAAAGGAUCAUGUUUUCUUUUAAAAAUCUGUUUAAGUUUAUAUGAAAGUGGGGAAACUGAGGGGUUACCAUUUGUCGGUGGUCUGGCUGUCCUGGAUAUUUGCUGCAUUCCAUCAUUCAAAAAUAAUUAUUCGAGAUACAUCAAUUCUAAAAAUAAGAUUGAGACUUUCUAUAUAAAAGAAACCGUUUCAGCAUCAAUGACAUUGAGGUUUUAUGUUCAGUCAGUUUUUUUCAAGCUUUGUUUACCCUAAACACAUAUUAAGAAAUAAAAUUCAAUAAUCCACAUUCUUAAAACUGCCUGUCAGUGAAAUCUACCCAUUACAGGAGCUGUGAAAAACCCUUCAGGCCAUUUACAUCCCAUAUAAGAGCUUCAGAGCAUAUGGAGUCUUUCAGAAGCCUUCUGUGCUGGGAUGAAUUUCAUCUUCAAUACACACUGGUGGGCUAGAAUGUCACUAACCAGUGAUGGCCCAUUUCUUCAAGAAGUUUUUAGACCCAUCCGUAUUUCAGAGGUGGCAUGAACACAGACUCAAUGAAGGAGUCAAAUUCUGCUCUCAAUUACUAUUGUGGUGUUACCAAUGUAAAAGUGAGUCACUGGGGUUACAUCAUAAUAACAGAGCAGAAAAGGACCUGAUCUGUCUAUCUAGGUGAGCACCUAGCACAGAGUUGUGCGGAGGGCUGUCUGAUUUGGGCAUCAGUAGCUUAUACAAACCAUUCAAGCUGCCUGGGUUGUUGCUGCUCUGCAUUAUGCCUGACUUGGUCAGAGUGGGCGUUGCCACUGAAGUCCCUCAGAAUAACCAUGUGCUGAGCCAAAACCUCUGAACUAGGAGAUCGGAACUUCAAUUCUGGUUUAUAAUCUCUCUCGGGCGAAACCAUAACACUAAUUUCGGCAAAGUUAUUAACAAACUAAUUAUUUAUAUUGCAUUGCUUGAUUCUUCGCUGCACUAGUUUUCACUGGGGCAGAAUAACCUUUCCUCAUCUAACUGGAAAUGGAAAAUAGGAAUGAGCUUAAAAGAGCUGAGGACAUUCCCCAUACAAAGCAGUGCCUCAUGUCUUUUGCCCCAUCCCCUCAGCAUUCAUUCACUAGAGCUAAUGGCCAAUAUAUCUCCCUAGAGAAAAACAAGCUUUCAGAAAUGUCAAAUUCUGUAAUUUUAGGAAAACCCUUCUAAUUUCCAGCUGUCCUUUAACCUGCUGGAGGAUUUAGAAAUAUGCACUAUACAAGUCAUCCUUAAACACUCAUCUGGCUGACAAGUCUGGGUAAUACCAACAUUCUAAGGUUAAACCCUAGUGGCUGUGGCACUAAUGCCUGCUUGGUUCCUUUUUAAUUUUUUUACAUAGUUCCUUGUUUUUGAUCCAUUGACUUGGUAAAAUUGCUUAUUGAGUCCCUAAGCCAACAGAUCAGACAGAACUGGUUCAUAACAAUUAAACCAUAUGAGGCAGUUUCACACAUUAUUUCCAGGGCAGCCCUCUCAGAACUUGCUUACAGGGAAACUUCAUUUAUAAAGGAGAAAAAUGGCAAUCCCAAAUUGUUCCAGUGCAUAACAGUGCAAACCUCCCUCUAUAGUGACAUUUUUAUGCAGUGGUGAAAUGAUUUGAGUAUCAGAAGGUUCCACUCUCGUCAGCCAGAGCCUAUAACAUGGUUUGCAUUCUGGCUCGGGAGUUACUUCAUACAUGGACAUCCCAGCUCAUCUCUGAGAGCAGAACAUAGUUCCAUAUUUAUUGAAUUCCUAGAUUUGCCUCCCAUUAAUCAUCAUCACUGGCAUGACUUCCUGAUGGCAUUUGUGCAUUUCAGACAGCAGGUGUCAUUCUCCAGUGUGUUGCAUCUUGUGGGGUCACAUCUGUGCCAAGUUGGUGUCCGAUGCCACUGUUUUCACUGCGUGGCAUUUGUGCGAAUGGCAUCAUGAGUCGCAAAACAGUGGCCCCGGUGACUUUUGUUCUAGUGACAUUGAGAUCACCUCUGCACUUACUUUAGCAGAAUGAUCCCACAUGACCGUCUCAUUUUUGUAAAUAAUGUUGAAAUCUCUUUACUGUUGCCAUCAUGUACUCUUAGUCUCCAAACAGCUGGAAUACCGGGGACUCUAACACACUCUGUCCUGUUGUGUUGCAGAUUUUGCAGGCUUCUAGUCAGGCUUAUGAAACUGAAUCAUCUCUGAAAUAAAUGUUUUAAAAACGAAACUCUGUGCUGUUUUGUUUACCGUUCAGUAACCUAAUAGUAGCCUGCCAGCUCCAUUUACCUCUUGCACACACAGAGUUUUCCGAAUCAAAGUGCUUUUCCCUUCAAGGGUACACAUCUGUUGACAAAACAUCUGCAUUACUGAUUGCAAAUGCAGGACCUAAUGAACAGAGAGCAUGUUCAGUGUAUGCACUCUAGUCCUUGUCAAAUGCAAGAGGUGCAUAUCAAACAAAAAAAAAUACAUGGUUGUAGUAUGUGAAAAAUUUGCUUUUGAAUUAUGUUUUCUAUAUCUAAAGAUUUUUUUAAUUUUAUAAUGUACUUUCCAAAGUUCAUUCUCUUAGCUACUUUCAGUUCCAACUGCCAAGACAAUCGUAAAUGUAAAGCAUUAAGCGUAUUGUUAGUCUCUAGAAUUAGCCAUUCUGUUUAGUAAGGAAUGAAACUUUGUAUACAGUUUUUUUGGGGGAGAGGGGUUGUUUUUAUAAUAGAAGUGCAGGCUGAUUGUUUACUCGAGUCAGAUUUCUGCUUGGAUUUGACACACUCUGCUUUUCAUUGAUCACAGACAGACUUCAAACUGUCUUUUUUGGUAGGAUUUCCAGCCUUCCCUCAAUCUGUGCAUGAACUUUUGAUCCUGAAAUGGCUUUGUGCUUUCCAGAAUGGUCUUUCUGGAGUUUAAAUGCAUUUGGGUUUGUUGUUUUGUUGCCUCUUGAGCACAUCAAAUCAAAUUUCCCUGUACUUUCCCAGCAUAUCCUAUUUCACCAGACCCAGGAAUUUCAUGUAAUGGAAUUCAUCAAAGCUGGAGGAGGGACUUUGCUUGGGAGAUGUUGGGCAAUUUGCAAACAAUCCAUUUUCCCCUCUUGAAAUCCAGCCACCUAAAAGGCAACUCUGUGCGUGAACACCAGAGGCUGAGGUUUGAGUGUAUGCUGUUGGGUAACAGAUGGGACUGGUAAUUUUUAAAGCUGAGUUUCUGAACCCAUUGUAAAGAUCUUCAUAAUCCUAUAACAAAUGGUCCCCCGCGCCCUCUCUGUAGGAUUCGGGGUGUCUGUUUGUUUAAAGGAGGAUUUGGGUUAUGUGCACAGGAAUGUCUUUCAAGCCCCAAUGAGGUGGUGGAAGAUGAUCCCUUCAGCAUCCCUGUAAGGCAUUUUGGAGGCUGAGAUUCAUUGCUUUAGCCAGCUUUCCAUGCUGAUUUGCUGGUAAAACUUUGAGGGUGAUGACCAGCAGUCCCCAGCAGAAAGAGAGUGGAUAAAAUGCUUAUUUGCCCUAGGUAGGCUUUACAAAUCCUCCCAUUUGUCCUCUGCUUGGAGAUCCAGCUCAUCAUCUGAAGGGUGCAGCCUGCCAGGUGCUGAGCACCCUCAGCACCCAUUGAAAUUGCUUCAGGUCAAUGGAAGCAGAGGGCAUUUCAGCACUUAGACCCCAAUUUGGCAAAGUACUUAAGCAUGUGCUUAAGUCCAUCCCUAUUUAGCAGAGUUCUUAUGUAUGUUCUUAACUUAACAUUGAAGUCAGUUCUGUCCAGUAUAGAUAUGUGUUCCUGAAUUAGUGCUAAGCACUUCUGCUGAAUGGAGCUGUAUUUUAACCAUGUGCUUAACAUAAAGCAAGUACUUAAGUGCUUUGUUGAAUCAGAGCCAUAUAGUGGGUGAUUCGUACUUGACAGAAUCAGGCCCUUAUGAGAUCAUAAGAUUCAGAUAAAGAAAUCUAAUUUAUAAAAGCUAAAGGCCAGAGUUUGAUGUCUCCUUCAGAUAAAUGUUUUAUAUUCCCUAAAGUUUUGUACUUGGAAGUGAAGUAUUUGGAUGUGUUUAAAAUAUGACUGUCCUUUUCAGAUGAGAACUUCUGAUUGUUGAUAUAAAAAAAGCACAUUUUUGUAAAUGUUUGUUAAUGUUUUAAGGAAGUAUAGAAUUAAAAGAGAAAAAACGGA